AUGAACAACGAAGUGCAAGGGCAGGGUGGCCAUGGCCACGGACGCUCGAUGCCAGAGCUGUUGGCUGAGCUUCUUUCUCAAAUCAACGUGCGUAUGCUCAUUUCCGACAACGAGAAACGACAAGCUCGGGCAAUCAAGACUGCAAUCGAGGCGUGCGACGACCUUGGGCCGCUCUCCGACAUGAUGUACACUCAGUUUGCGAUCAUGCACGGGAACGAUGUUGAACUGGCUGUGGGCAGGGCACAGCACCUACAAGUCUUUCGAGAGGAGUAUGGAGUACUUGACACUUUUCAGCAGGGCAUCGAAAGCUUCCAGGCAUUCUUGAAACAGCAACCUGGACACAUACUUUCCCUAAUUGAAAAUCCAAUAGAGCAUAACCAAGUGCUCCUGGUGGAUCAGGUCAAGUUUGAUGACUCUAUCUUGAGAGAUGAUGAAGAAUGGAAGACUUUUGUACGUCUCCAUUGGUACUUGGCUCAGGCCUUGAACCAGGACCUCCACCGUUUGAGCGACACCACACAGACAACAGCACACCACACACACAACAGCAGCCCUCGCGGCGAGCCAGCGCGGCGUUUGAGCGACAACCACACCCACACAACCAGCCGGCAUCCGCACCCUCAACAACAAGCCCUCGCGGCGAAAAGCCCUUGCGGCGAGCGACAACCACACCGGCGCUUGAGUGACACAACCAGGAGAAGUACCGGACUGGUACCAGGUAGUACGGUACGGAUCGACCACAACAACAAGGCCACAACAAACAGAAUCGAAUCCGACUGGUGA